UAUUCGGGUUACAAACCAUUACCGUCCGUAUCACUAUGCUGCUCCAAGACGACUCCAGAUUUUGCAGAUCAGAUUUACUAUCAUUUUUCUAAGAGUCCUUACCUCUUUCUCUUCAGAUAAUAACCAAGCCGUGGUGAAGACCGAACGCUUAUCUUGGGCAAUGUUUCAAAGCCCGUUACUCGAUAUGCUCGUUGCUCCUGCUGUGAAUCCCGGGUUCGGGCAGUACAGGUCGAGCUUCCUCAACAAAUGAGUUUUCAUUUCAGGAAUUUGGAAGCUGAGCAGGCACUGCAUGGAAAAUAGCCUCGACCCAUUUCUCUACACUUUUCUCCCGAAGAUUAAGAGCUGGGGUCUCAGCUCCCCCCGGCCUUUGCACCGAUGAUGAUAGUGUGUAACGAGAAUGGAGGCGAACGGCAAGUUUUGGAGCUCUUCUUGGCCAUCUGGAAGAGGCAGCGGUGUCACAAAUCUCUAAGGUACCAGCUGCUUUAUUUUUCCAUGCACGUCUCCUGGAAUCUCGAGCAAGAGUAUCACGAUUCACAUCACGCUUGUCUUCAUUGGAACGCGAGUUCUCUAUAAUAGGGCAAGGCCUGUAGAUCCAGGCUAACGAAUCGAUGGACUUAGAUGCGGCCUUGCUCGUCUUCGGCAUCAGCUGCAUCGCACUACUACUUCUCAUCCGGAGAAUUCGAUCGCCACAACAGCGGCUCCCUCCAGGUCCGUUUUCCUUCCCCGUUUUUGGAGCGCUCUUCUCCCUCGAGGAGCCACUCCACCACCACUUUGCGAAGAUCAGCAAGAAGUAUGGGCCGAUUGUCUACCUCAAGAUCGGAAUGGCCCCGUUCGUGGUGGUGAACGACAACGAAAUGGCCGCAGAGGUUCUUAAGGCUCACGACCUCGAGUUUCCAAACUGGAACAAUCUCAUCAUGGCGCCCAUAGGUGAUAAGUGGAAGGCAAUGAGGAGGAUUUGCAGCACACAGCUGUUUAACACUACUAUGCUCAAGGCAAGUGCAGGAUUCCGGGAGUUGGAAAUGAAGCAUACAGUCAGAUCCCUUUUCCAGCAAUCUGGGACAGCGAUCAACCUGCAAGAGGUUUUCAGUAACCUCUUGUCAAAUUCAAUAUGCCUGGUUCUUUUUAGCGAGCGGGGACUGGAAGUGGUGGAUCUCAUCCGAAAAAGCUUGAACUUGAACAUUGGAACGCUGCUUCCGGCACUCGACUGGCUGGAUUUUCAUGGAGUCUACAAGAAACUAAACAACUUGCUCAUUCCUCGCCUGAAGCUCUUGCUGGAGGAUCAAAUCGACAAGCACCGACGCAGGAAAGAUGAAGCUGGGGACAGGUUCGUCCCUCAAGACUUCACCGACGUUCUUAUAUCUCUCGAGGACAAUGAUAAAUUGUCAGACAUCUCCAUUUUGGCACUGCUCUCGGACAUGGUUGUUGCGGGGCUGGAAACUUCACUAGUAACGCUCGAGUGGACAAUGGCGGAGCUCAUAAACCAUCCCCGAGUCACGUCCAAGGCUCAAGAUGAGAUCGACAGCGUUGUAGGGAGAGCUCGCACGGUGCAAGAGUCCGAUCUUCCAAACCUUCCAUACAUCGAAGCCAUUGUCAAGGAAUCACUGCGUCUCCACCCGGCGGCCCCACUGGGACUUCCUCACGUGAAUCCCAAGCCCGUCAAGCUGGGUGGCUACACCAUCCCUGGCGGCUGCAAGGUUCUCGUCAACAUAUGGGCCAUUGGACGUGAUCCCGCUCGCUGGUCCGACCCAGAAGCGUUCCAGCCGGAGCGCUUUGUCGGCUCUUCCAUCUCUCCCAACGGGCAGAACUUUGAUUUCCUUCCAUUCUCAUCGGGGAGGAGAGUUUGUGUUGGCUAUCCAAUCGCGAUGAGAUCCAUCCCAUUUUUCAUGGCUAGUUUGCUCCAGGCAUUCGAUUGGAGUCCUGCUAACCCGCGCGGGAUCGACAUGGAAGAGCGCUCGAGAAGUAUGACGAUGAAGCUCAAAGCCGACUUGCUUGUCAAUGCGUCCAUGAGGCUCAAAUGUCAAAAUAUAAUAUAAUUGAGCUUUGAAAAAA